AUGACCACAAUCAUGAUUGCAUAUAAACAUGAUUAUUGCAGCAAAAAAUCCAAUUCUCCAAAAAUCGAAAUCCAAAAUCCUAACAAUAAAUUAAAAAAUAAAUUUAAUCGAACUACACAAGAAACUGCCAUAAAAUCAGCUCUCAAAGUACUUUAUAAACUCAACCCACCUAGUAUACGAGCAGCCACAUCAAGUUUCAGUCUUUCAGAGACAACUCUAAGAUGUGUGUUUAAAACAAAAAGUGUACCUGACUGUUCCAGCCCUGCAACAGUCUUGAGCAGCUAUGAAGAAGAACAAUUGGUAGGUUAUUAUAUAAAUAUGCAAAGACUAGGAUUCGGUCUUACAAGGUCUGAGGUAAAUCACUGCGUGAUGAAUAUUGUAAAUAGUGAUAGCUUGCCUCAAGCCUUGUCAAAGACAUGUAUACAAAAAGCCAAUCCAACUAUUAUCAAAGAUCAUUUUGAUAAACUAAAUAAGAUAAUUCAAGAUAACUUACUUACCUCAGAUUGUAUCUGGAAUAUGGAUGAAACUGGUUUUGUUAUAGUUCCCAAAGUUGAAAAAGUUAUUACCAUUAAAGGCUCACACCAAAUUCAUAAGGUUGCUCAUAGAAAUUUGCAUGAUCACAUUUCAGUUGUACCAACAAUUUUGAUUGCUGGUGAUUAUAUUCUUCCAUUAAUUAUAUACAAAAGUGUUCAUGCAAUUCUAAGUUUGUUAUAUGGUGCUCUAUCUGGUAUGGUUAUAGGUUUUAGUGACUCAGGAUAUAUGCAUGAAAAACUCUUUCAAAUGUAUAUCAAACAUUUCAUAAGUUCUAUUACUCCUCAUUAUCCCAUCCUUUUAAUACUUGAUGGUCACAACAGUCACAUAAAUUAUAUAAGUGUUAAUUUUUGUCAUGAAAAUGGAAUUUUACUAUAUGCACUUCUAUCUUACAUGACCCAUAUUCUUCAGCUAUUUGAACUGCCUUUUGCUAUACUCAAAACUGAAUAUAGUAAAAAUUACGACCAGUUUUAUCAUGUAACUAGCAAGUUAGUAACUAAGUACACAUUCGCUAAAAUGUUUGGACCUGUAUUUAUUAAGACUUACACCCCUGCAACAAUAGCUAAUGCUUUCAGAGCUACAGGAAUUUGA